AUCAGCAGGUAGCAACCGGAAGUAACAAAUAAACUGCUGCUAUAAGCUUCGCGUUGGAAAACAGAAAAGAUUUACAGAAAACCACUUUUUUUUUAUCGUUCGUUUUUCCUUUCAUUGCAUCAUGAGGUGCUUAAAAUUAUUCGGGCUUUUACUGCCAGCUAUUGCAGCCGUCAUAUACUAUAUUCAGGUAAACAUAUCUUCCUUUUACAGAUUUGAUCCUGCCAAACUACAAGAGUUGUCUCGUCAAUCUAUUGAACUUUAUGGAAAUGAUACCCGUGGAUUAUUGUACGAUUUAAAUAAGCGGCUGAUUGCUGAGUAUGGUGAUUUGAUCCACCCCAUGAACGACGACGAAUGGGUCCAAAACAAUGCUGGUGGAGCUAUGGGUAACGUGUUUAUUCUUCACGCUUCUUUCACCGAAUACCUCAUGUUCUUUGGUACUCCCAUUGGAACGGAAGGUCACACCGGCUUACACAUGGCCGAUGAUUACUUCACCAUUCUGGUUGGUCGCCAGCUUGCUGCUUCUGCUAACGACUUGCAAGCUCGUGAGUACCUUCCUGGUGAUCAACACGUCCAUAAAUGGGGCCAAAGCGCUCAAUACAGUAUGCCUUCUGGUCAACCUUGUUUUGCCCUUGAGUUGGCUCAAGGCUGGAUCCCUAGCAUGCUCCCUUUUGGAUUAAUUGAAACGCUCUUUUCAACUCUUGACUUCCCUACUCUUUAUAAGACCAUCUACUUUACUGUCAAGCGAAUGAUAAAGAGCUUCCUUUUAGGCAAGUUUUAAGCAUCCAUCCUCUUCAUUCUUUUACACAAAACCAUCUAGAGUUUAGCUUUCUGUAUAGAAUAAAACUUAUUUUUUCUAUCCAUUUAUAAGUUUAUGAACUUUUGAAUCAUUUCAUCCGAUCUUUUGCUUUUCAUCUUUUUUUUUCUUGUUUACUCAUAUAUACCACUAUCAUACUCAAAAACUGGGUAAUGCAUUUCAACAAUUAUCAUUAUCUAUAUGCUUUCGUAUCUUACAAUAAAUAAUCCGUCAUUUGGAUCAACGAGCGGUUUUUCUUUUCAUUUCUUUUUCAAAAUACC